CACCUCGUUAAAUUCUAUCUUAUUGCGACUAGAUCUUGUCAAAUAUGGCCCCUGGUUGGAGUCCGCCGUCUCCUGGCAUCCGGGCCCGAGCUUCUGUCACUGACACACUCUCUGCGGGCGCCUAUCUACCUGAAGCCACUAUUGUCUCUGGCGUCCCUGCGCAUCCUCUCCCGUCUCCCAAGCCCGACCCUACUGCUACGGUGGUGCGUAGGAAGCCUCUGCCGGCCUCCUCUCCUGUGAUCGCUGCCCGUUCUCGCCGAUCGGGGCCUUCGCUGUCCGUUUCUUCCUCAUCGUCUCUUUAUUCGACCCGCUCCCUUUCGCAAGCAGAUCCCCCUGCUCGCGCGUCUCCUCUUCAGUCGCCCGCCUCUCACUACUCUCAUUCUCGGAACAGUUCAGUUGCGAAUAGCCUCUCCUCCUUUGUGUCGAACUCCGCCGCGCAGUCUUCUGUGCGCGGCGAACCGUCGCUCUUUGCUCGCAGGACUAUAGAUAAGACCGAUAGAUUUCCCCGGAGCAGUCCUCUCAAGACUCCUCUCCGGAUAGAUACCUCCGCCUCUACUGUCAACGUAGAUGGAGACGACGACAGCGACGACAGCGACGACGAUAUAACCAAUCUAUACAAAUCGCAAUUCACGAAUGGGACGCCCAUACAUAGCCGUCUCGUCAGCGAACCGUUCAUUCCCGUUCUCCCUUCUCCGAUAAACUACAAACGCGCCACAACCAUGGCCUUGCACCCGCCAACGAACCGGCCACCACCUCUGCACAUUGAUUCUAAUGCGCGGAGUAUGUCCAGUGGCGGGAACGACCCCCGGCAGCCCAAAACACCGGGGAGCAAAAUCAGUUCCUUCUUUGGCUGGAGGGCAGCUACGUCUCCUGGCGCGGAAUCUUCAAGCACCGAAAUCUCCGACGGCGGCCGGUCUCCGCUGCCCUCACCAAUGCCUCCUUCCAUACCUAGUACCUCAUUCUCCAUCACACCUUCCACAUCGAUCCCGUUUGAUCCUACUGCUCGGCCGAAUGUAGGCUACCCCGUGCGCAAUGGCUCACUCAGCAGCGCGGGUAUACUAGAGUCAAGCUCCUCCGCCCUGGUGGCGGAGCUAGAAAACGAGCUGCGGGAAAUCAGCUCGGAGCUGGCGGGGUCAAUUCGGCGGGAGAUGGAGUUGGAAGAUCUGGUGGAAAGGUUGCAGUCGGAAAUGCCGUCGGAGGCACCAAAUCGGCGAACCAGUGAUUACUUCUCAGAUUCAGGGAGCAGCUCUAUUCGGUAUGCAUAUGAGUCGGCUGGGCGUAUUGAAGAUAUAGAGAAGUAUAAGCGUGCUGCUGAGCAGGAGCGCGCCCAACUUCGCGCUGAGCUCGGUCAGAGACUUCAGGAGGAACGUACCCGUCGGACGGCAUCGGAAUCCCAUGUCCAGAUUCUGGAAGCACAGGUUGCUCAGCUCCGGCGUGAAAGGACAGAACAUUCUGACUUAGCCUCCAAAACUCGCGAGCUUGAAAGCGCCCUGGAAGGCACCCGGCGCAAGCUCGCUGAAGAACGCCAGAUCAAGGACAACUUCGAGGAUCUCCUAACCGCCAUGCGCGUUGAACUGGAACAGCUUCGCACAGAGCGGGAUUUGCUUCGCGAAGGCCAGCCCCUUAGCGACCCCGCCGAAGUACAACGCCUGAAGGAAGAAAUCGAAGCCUUGAAGAUUGAGAAUGCAGCCCUCUCUCAACUUCAAGGCAGCAGAUUUGCUUCCAUUGCAGAAGAAGAGGGGCCUGUGAAACGAAACAGUGCCUUCGGAUUGUCCCGCUCAAACUCAUUGGCCCGCAUGCCUCGGAAGAGCUCAUCUCGCUCCGGCUCACUAUCACGUUCGAAUUCGGUUUCCGCUAAGGAUCGUGCAACGCCUCCACAGGAAUCGCUGGCGGACCGGGUCGAAGGGGCGGAAGCGCAGCGUGAUGCGCUUCACGGUGCCCUCAAGCGGCUAUUAGACCGUCAGGCCUACGAAGCCCGGCAGACGGAGAAACGCAUCCGAGCGAUGGAGCUCGAGCUUGCCCGCGCACAGGAGGCUGGCUCUCCGCGCAAGCUAGGCUACGAGCGUGAGGUGCGCAAUCUCCGCGACGAGGUGAACCACUUGCGCAUGCGCGCAGAAGACGCCCUUGAGCAGAAAUGGCAGUGCGAGAAGGGCCUCGCGGGUCUGAAAAUGGACCUUGACCGUGCUGAGCAGGAGACUGCGUCCCUUCGAAUUCUUCUCCAGGAACAUGAUAUAGCAGUUCCCGCUGAGCUUGCCGACAACGCCUUGGGCGGCGAUGCCUUUGCAGAGGUGAUCGCCACCUCUUCCUCCCUCGAGUCGGCAUAUCAGCAACUCCAGGCGGAUCGCGAAGAAGCCGAAGCCAGUGUAGCGCACUCACCCAACGUAGAUGAUGCAGAACUCGCCGAGUCGUUCAACCGCACCGACACACUAGCGCAGCACGUGCGCCAACAGCUAGCAUCAAACACCGCUCUUCGCGCGCGCCUCGCGGCCGCAAUUAACAAGGGCGAAAAGGACCAGCAGCUUUCCGCCGCGCGGAUCAACGAGAUGCAAGCCCGCCUGAAGGAAAUGGAGGACUCCCUCCUUGCUGCGCAGCAACACGCCGACGAUGAAAUCUCGCGUCAUGAAGACGAAGUCCGUCAAUUGCAAGAAAGUCAUAACGCCCAAUUACUCCGUAUGAAGAACGGGUCGCGCAGUCCGGCAGCGUUGUCGCCCAUCAUUGGCUCCGGCGGCCCCAACACGCCGUUUAUGGUCAAGUCGCCUCGAUUAGAUAAGACGACUAGCGGUGACGGGGUGGCCUUGACGCAGGUUGUCAAGUCUGAGAUGCUGGACCAGCGCGUCAAGGAACUGGAAAAGUUGUUGCGCGAGGCGGAUCGGGAGAUGGGCGAGGUUGUGAGUCGGAUGAAUCGCGCACAGAUUGAUGUUGCUGAGUUGCAGGCUGCUCGUGACGAAGCCCUUCGCGAAACUCGCCGUCUUCAGCAGGAGAUCCUCACUGAACGCAAUGUGUUCAAGAACCUCCUUGGUCGGAACUAA